UUGGAAAUAAUUAUAAUAAAUUCAACAAAAAAAUAUUUUAAGCGAAUAAUUCAACCAAGUCUUUAAUAAUUAUCAGAUCCCUCAACAAAUAGUACACAUGUGCCAAUCUGAAAGCUGAGCUGGGCUUCGGACAAGGAAAAUCCAUACCAACGAAUUCCGGGACAAGUGAUGAAGUCAUGAGACCGACAUUCGAUCGACGCCUCUGGAUAUUAUUGUUCAUUAUUUCAGUACAAUGUACCACCUACACACAGCCGCAGAACAUCAACGCCAAGUCAGUGCAAAGGACGAAGCCCGCCGAGCACCGAGAAACCAUCACCAGCAGCAGGAUCAGCUGGCUAAGCAUAUCAGCCGAGUCCGAGGCAGACGCGCCAGUUGACCACCGCGGCAAUAGUAGUGUUAAGCCGGGAAAAUGCUCCAAGAACUGCCAGAAGGCCAAGGCCAAGUGGCGCUCCCAGUUGAAGCCCCAUCACCAGGCCCACCGGGCGGUGCUGCACAAGGAGGCCAAGCGACGUCAGCGCCGCGAAACCGAGGAGGAGGAACUGGACAACAUAUACACACCCCCCAGCUCCAGUUCCAGCUCCAGCUCCAGUUCGACGAGCACCUCCACAGCAGUGGCCACCACCGUGCAGGCCACCAGCUCAAGUUCCCUGGCCACCAGAAGGAGUUCUUACUUUAAUGAAACCAAGGUGAAGCGGGCGCGUUCGACGCUCCACUUGGCGCCCGAGGACCUGCAGCCGAAGCCCAAGGAGCCGGUCAUCAUCAUCGACGAUGUAGAAGAAUUCGACAGCGGCACCAGCACUCGGGAUCUGUUCGCGCGCAAGAGUCGCGAAGAGACGGAGGACGACGAGGACGAGGGACCGCUGGAACCGCGGGUCCUGCCCCUGCGCCCAGUGCCGCCGAAUCCCUACGAGGCCGAGGAGAUGUCCGUGGUCUACGCCGAGCAGCACUCCGAGAUCAAACUGAUGUGCGAAGUGGACCUGGACAUAGCCACCAGCAUGUGGUAUAAGAACGGCCAGGUGGUGCACGCCAUGGACCGCACCUCGCGCGUCACCGACUAUCGCUUCAUCAAGGAGGCCAACGGUGCCCUCACCAUUACCAAUGUGAUGCUGGAGGACGACGGCAAGUGGCAGUGCGAGGCGGAGAACACGCGCCGCUAUACGGAAAAUGCCCGGCCCGUCAAGCUGGUCGUCCUGGAUCGUCCCAAGCCACCGUAUUUGCUGAUCGAUUCACGGCGCCUGGAUGCCAGCAAUUUGUUUGUGCCCGUGAAGGAGAACUCCGAGCUGAACCUGGCCUGUGUCAGCGAGGGCGGGAAUCCACGACCCACGCUCACCUGGGAGGUGCUGCUCAGUCCCGGCGUGGACAGGCAUGCCCAGAAGGUAUCCGCCGAGGUGCUGGAGCUGGAGGAGAUCAAGGGCGAGAAGGUGGACAAAAACGGCUACAAAAUCAACAGUGGUGCCAAGAGCGAGGCAAGGUUGCCAGCGGUGUACAGAGCCCAUCACAAUGCCCGGAUCCUGUGCGUCAUGGAGCAUCCCACGCUGAAGAUUCGACAGAAUGCUUCCCUGCUGUUGGAUGUGCAAUACACGCCCUCCUUCGCCAUCUCGCGCACACCUGGCUUUGGUUAUCCGCUCCGCGAGGGCAUCGAAGUUAGCCUCAAGUGCGACGUCGACUCGAAUCCUCCGAGUACUCCACGCUGGCAGAAGGACGAUGGUGACACGCCGGUGCCACAAACGGGCGACGGUUUCCUGAACUUCACCUCAAUACGGCGCGAACACUCCGGCUGGUACAAGUGCACGUCCCGGCACCUCAACUUCCAGUACUCGUCGAUUGGCUAUUACCUCAGCGUGCGAUACGAUUCGGUGGAUGUGACCUCGGAGCCGGAUGAUCAGGAUGUUUCCGUGGCAGCUGCCUCGCACAAUCCCAACAAGGGGCAGCUGGAAGUGCAGCUGGGCGGAGCGGUGACUCUGCAGUGUCCGCAAGGCUCUCUGGGCUGCUGGUCGCACUUGGACCCCAUUUCGGCCCGAUUGCGUGGCCUUGGCUAUGGCAGCAGUCAGCCCACCGGACAGUUUUCGCUCAAGGACGUCAUGUACCAGGACGCGGGCAUGUACAAGUGUGUGGGCCAGUCGCCGGCCAACAAGAAGAAACUGGAGGUCCUGCAGAGUGUCACGGUGUCGGUGAAGGGCGCUCCCACAGCCAUGGCCCUGAAUUCCACACCCGUUGCCUAUCCUGGAUCGCCGCUCCAUCUGAACGUGGAGUUCUGUGCCAAUCCUCCAGCUCAUGCCGCCCGCUGGCUGCAUGGUGAUCGGGUCUUCACGCCCGGAAAUCAGUACGGCAGCACGGUUCUGGCCUACUCAGUGAAGGAUCUGCCCACGCCCUUUUGCAAGGAGGCGCGGCUCACGUACGUCAGCAUGCACGAGAGGGUUCCGAGGACCUUCUACUUCAUCGUCUCGUCCCCAGGCGGCGUGGCCGAGGCCGUGUUCAAUGUGAACUUCACGAAGCGUCAUCGACAGCUGUCCAAUGCCAUCGACGAUGACGAGGAGGAGGAGCUCAACCGGCCGGAGCAGAUACACUUUCCCGUGUUCAACAGCACCGCCGACAGCGGGCCCCUGAUUCUGACCCUGGUCGUGGCUCUGGCCCUUAGUUUCGGCAUCCGCCAUUAGGUUUUAAGUCGGCUAGGACAUCCGUGUGACUGAGAGAUGACUGUGAAUGGGAGCCGGAGUGAAUGAUUUCUUGGGGAGUGCCUGUCUGAAGCGUUUACUACUACGAAACACACCAAACCACACCACACCACACCAAAUGUUCUAUGUAAUCUAACCCCUUUGGCUAAGUAUAUGUAUGGACUUACCCAAUUACUCGACAUUACCACGUGGACUAUGCUACACAACUAACUACUCUAUAUAGCUAUAUGUAUGUGUAUCUGUAACCGAUUUAGCCAAGCAUCAAAAUUGCCCUAGGCUGAGACCCCACGAUAAGGCCGAUCUGAACUCUCAAAAACCGCCUCUUUCAGAUUUCUUCAAAAAGGCAACACCACUCUUUGUCCCUAAGCUAUUCCAAUAUUUUUACUAUAACCCUUAGAUUUAACUGUAACUUUAACGGUAACUGUGACUGUUACUGAAACUACUGCAAUGGUGAAUGUAAUGCUAACAUUUAGAGUAACUGUUACUGUAACUCUCACAGUAAAUGCAAUGUAACUCAAACAGUAACAGGAACAGUAACUGUAGAAAGUGUAACUGUAACCCUAUCGCUGUAUGUCAAUGUGUAUGUGUGUGCGCUUAACGUAAAUGCCAAAAAAAAAAAAACAAAAGAAAACAUGAGGAAAAGUUUGAAAUUCUUUUGGAAAUACAUUGUUAACAGUUGAUUAUUA